AUGGGGUUGGAGAGGAGAAGGGACCUUAUUGCCAUGAUUACCCAGCUGUGCAUGAUGCUGGCUGGGGAGCGGACGCAGAGCACCACGGACACGCUCCUGGGGGAUCACAGAGCAAGGAAGGAGCCGGCUGCGAGCGCUGGCAGAAAGCCACAGAAGAGCUCAUGGUGUGGUUGUGUUUCCUUUCAGGCUCCUCCAGGAAAGGUGGAAGAGGUGGUGAAGUUUGCUAUUGACGCUGGCUACCGCCUCUUCGACUGUGCCUACUUCUACCAGAAUGAAAAUGAAAUAGGGAAUGCAAUCCAGCAGAAGAUCAAGGAGGGGGCCGUGAAACGGGAAGACCUCUUUGUUGUUACUAAGCUGUGGAACACGUUUCACGAGAAGUCCCUGGUUAAAGUAGCAUGUAAGAAGAGCCUCGCUGCGCUGCAACUGGACUACCUUGACCUCUACCUGAUACACUUCCCUAUGGGAUUCAAGGCUGGUGAAGAGCUGCAUCCUUUGGAUGACAAGGGUAUGAGUAUCCCCAGCGAUACGGAUUUUCUGGACACAUGGGAGGCCAUGGAAGAACUGGUGGAUGCUGGUCUGGUAAAAGCCAUUGGCAUCUCCAACUUUAACCAUGAGCAGAUUGAAAGAAUCUUAAACAAGCCAGGACUCAAAUACAAGCCAGUAAAUAACCAGAUCGAAUGUCAUCCGUACCUCACCCAGGAAAAGUUGAUCAAGUACUGUCAAUCCAAAGGGAUUGCUGUGACAGCGUACAGCCCCCUUGGCUCUCCUAACCGCCCAUGGGCCAAGCCAGGGGACCCUCUGCUGCUGGAUGAUCCCAAGAUUAAAGAAAUUGCAGCUAGACAUCAUAAAACCCCUGCCCAGGUUUUGCUCCGGUUUCUUAUCCAAAGAGACGUGAUUGUCAUUCCCAAGUCUGACAAACCACAGCGCAUUGAGGAGAACAUCAAGGUGUUUGACUUCGAACUGUCUAAAAAGGAGAUGGAUGUCAUCCUCAGCUUUAACAGGAACUGGCGAGCGGUUCCAGUGCUCCAGUAUGUUCCUUAUUAUCCUUAUUAUCCAUUAGCCUAUCUCUAUCUGUGUUUCCAUCCCCCGUAUCUUGAAAAUAUAUGUGACCAAAACCGGGGAGAGCUCAUAUCUUAA